AUGGAUCUGCCAACUUCCACAGAUGUGAUUGCGCCCACCUCUACAACCACGCCAUCACGCUCAUCUUCAGUGUUUCACGGUCACGAUGCAUUUCCAUCCGACCCAUACCCCAGGCUGUCCAUCUCAACGCCGGCUCGCAUUCUCCUCGGGACGGUCUCGUCGGGGGUGAUUGGCUUCACGCUUGGUGCCAUGCAGGGCGGCCAGAUGGCUCAGCUCCGCUUCCGGGCAGAACACGCACACAAGAUGCCCGACACUACGACUGGUUGGUAUCUCUAUCACAAAUCCAAAAACUAUCACGCAAUGCAGGGUGGCAUCCGCGAGGGUUUCCGAAUGGGGGCCAAGACGAGCUUCUGGAGCUUUGUAGCAUUGGGACUGGAAAGCACCGUUGACCGGUAUCGAGGCAGCAGCGACAUGUUUUCGACGACAAUGGCGACGCUGACCGUAGCAGGCGCGUUUUCCCUAUGCCGUAAGUGGAAUCUCGAUGGAAUCGCACAUUCACUAUCAAUCACGUCUUCACAUCGGGCAUCAUCAUCUCCAUGA